AUGAAAUCUACAGUCUUUUACUGGAAGACGGUACAAUUAGCGAACUGGACUUCCUGGCUUAAAUUUAAUGCCAUCGAUGAUUACAGGAAGAGGUUCAUCGAUAUCAAACUACGACGUAUGGAGUUUGAUAAACAAUGUAUUGGGGCAGGUUCAUCUUUAGAAGUUGAUGAUGGUAAUGCAGAGCAGAGAUCCGUCGCAAACAGUGUAGUAAGUGGAAGCACCGUAAUUGGUAAGCGAAAAUUCAAAUUACCUACAAUAGAAUCGAAGAAGUUUGGCGGGGACAUCAAAGACUGGCUUCCGUUCUGGGCGCAAUUUAGGAAAGUACACGAGGAUUCAGAGAUAGACGCGAGUGACAAAAUUUCUUAUUUGAUUCAAGUUACGAUACCUGGCAGUCGCGCCAGACAAUUAGUCGAGAGUUUUCCUGCGAUUCAAGAAAACUACGGAAAAAUUGUUGAAGCUUUAGUUUCUAGAUUCGGGCGCGAUGAUUUGCAAAUAGAGGUGUACGUCCGAGAACUCUUGAAACUCAUCCUAAAUAACGCGAUGUCCCGUGGCUACAUUCCGACGAGAGUUGAGAAGAUUAUUGACUCAAUUUUUGGAGGCACCAAUACGUCGGAGCAGAAACAUAGCUGUUAUGAGAUAACAGUUAAGGAUAAUGAAGACCGUUUGUGUGCAUUUGAAGUGCUUGAUCAGUCGAUUAUUUGCACAGAAAAACCUCCCGUUGGUUAUGGUCCGUGGAUGGAGGAAUUAAAGGAUUUGGACAUUGCACUAUCCGACACUAGAGAUGGAGCUUCGAUAGAAUUGUUAAUAGGGGCCGAUAUGGCAGGAAAGCUAUACACGGGACGAAGACACAUUUUAAGUUGCGGGCUGGUGGCUAUGGAGACAAUUUUCGGAUGGAGUCUCAUGGGAAAGGUACCAACCGACAGCAAAGAUGUUGACCUUGCUAUGACCGUUCUUUCUGUUUUCGUGAAAGAUGCGUCGGUUUCGGAGCUAUGGAAACUUGAUGUUUUGGGAAUAACCGAGCCAACAGAGACGAAAAAUCGUGAAGAAAUGGCUUUGGCGGCUAAAGAGCUCUUUUUGCAAACAAUAAGGGUAGAUGAAAACGGGCGUUAUGAAAUGUGGCUGGAAGAAAGCAUUAUUGAACAGGUCCCUAUGUCAGAGAAUGUUAAGUCAGCACAUUAUUUGCCACACCGACCAGUCAUUAAGAAUAGUGCGACCACUAAAAUUAGACCUGUUUUUGAUGCAUCAUCACGAGAGAAAAAUCAGCCUUCCCUGAAUCACUGUCUAGAAAAGGGUCUAAACUUGAUAGAAUUGAUUCCUUCCAUUCUGCUGAGGUUUCGGGAGCAAAAAAUUGGGAUUAUUUCCGACAUUAGAAAGGCUUUCUUGCAAAUUGGAGUACACAGAGAUGAUAGAGAUUUUUUGAGGUUUUUGUGGUAUGACGACUCUGGCAAGAUAAUUAUGUAUCGUCACAGACGAGUGGUAUUUGGUGUUUGUAGUAGUCCAUUCCUACUUGGCGCUACCAUUGACUUUCAUCUUUCUGAGAGCUUGAAGAAAUGCGACACCCCAGGGGUUCUUUAUGGCCGACAGACGAUUGAAAAACUUAUGAAGAGUCUGUACGUGGACAAUUGUGUCACUAGUGUGAACAAUGAAGCCGAACUCGAGCAAUUCGUCAGGGAGUCCAAUUUUUUGAUGCAGGAUGCGAAGUUCGAUUUGAGAGGGUGGGAGUUUACUCACCCAUCUGGAUCCUCUACUCCUUUACCUGUACUUGGUUUAUAUUGGAAUCCGCAAGAAGAUGUCCUUACGAUUGGUACCGAAUUUGUCGAAAGCGUCAAGAAUUUGGAAGGGAAAGAAAUAACGAAGAGAGUAAUCCUUUCACUCGCUCAACGUGUUUUUGAUCCCAUUGGGUUCACCUGUCCAGUCACCUUGCUUCCUAAGCUAUUGUUGCAACAACUCUGGGAAAAGCAGUUGGGAUGGGACGUGCCCGUUGACCCAGAGACAGAGGUCGCAUUUCGCGGUUGGGCUGAAGAUAUUUCACAUUUGCCAUUAAUAAAGAUUCCUAGAUGGAUACAGGCUGGGUCCUUGGAAACCAACAAGUUGAGUUUACACACCUUUUGUGAUGCUAGCGGGCAAGCAUAUUCGGCUGUAGUAUUUCUAAGAAUCCAAAAGAAUGACGAAGUAUUCAUUCAUUUAUUGGCCGCAAAAACCAGGGUGGCGCCACUUCGUAAAAUAACAAUACCGCGUUUAGAGUUAUUAGCUGCCACAAUUGGAGCCAGACUAUAUGCAAGUAUCUGCAAGAGCCUUGAAUUGGAUUGUGAGUGUUUUUUCUGGACUGAUUCCUCCACGGUCAUUUCAUGGAUUCGUCGUGUCGACACAUGGGGAACUUUUGUGUGGAACCGCACCAUGGAGAUCCGUCUGCUGACCCCAGUAGGUUCUUGGAGGCAUUUGCCUGGACAGUUUAACCCUGCGGACCUUCCGUCCAGAGGAUGCUCGGCUAAAUAUUUAUUCGAGUCGAUAUGGUGGGAGGGGCCCCAAUGGCUUCGUAGAUCACAAAAUUUAUGGCCUCAGGAAAACAUUAUUUGUGAUGAAAACGAAAUAUCCAAAGAGAGAAAGAAAACUUUGGUAACGGUUAUGUUAGGCCUUAGUUCCGAUGAGUGGCACUUGCAACAUUUCGCAAAAUACAAUCGAACGAUAAGGCUAAUUGCUUGGGUUUUUCGUUUUGUCUUUAAUUCUCGGAAUCCAGGCCAGAAGCGUACCGGAAAUUUAACGACGGAUGAAGUAGAGCCCGCAGAAACUUUUGUGCUCAAAAUUAUACAAUUCGAAGCUUUUGCCGACGAGACCGAUAAUCGAAUCCAAAGUCUGAACCCUUUUCGCGAUAGUGCUGGUCUUCUCCGAUUGAGAUCGCGGAUAUCAAUGAGAAAAGACAUGGAGGACUUUCGCCAUCCAGUACUUUUACCUGCCAAACAUCCUAUCGUGCACAGUCUUAUUUUUGACUUACACCAGAGGUCACUACAUGUUGGGGUUCAAGGACUAUUAAGCCUAUUGCGGGAAAAAUACUGGAUUAUUGGUGGUCGGCGAACUGUACGGUCGGUAAUAUCCAAAUGUCUUAUUUGCAAAAAACACACUGUUAAACCAUUUGUAACGGACGUCCCGCCUUUGCCGUUGGAUCGGGUUCGCGACGCGGUUGUGUUUGAGACUACGGGAGUGGAUUUUGCGGGUCCACUAUACUUAAAAUCCGGCGAGAAAGCCUGGAUUUGCCUGUUCACUUGUGCCGUAUAUCGUGCGGUCCAUUUGGAGCUAACAAGUUCGUUGUCAACGCAAGCCUUCUUGCAAACACUUCGGCGGUUUGUGGCAAGACGCGGUCGGCCGAAAACAAUUUAUAGCGACAACGGAAAGAAUUUCGUCGGUGCGGAAAACGCAUUCAGUAAACUCAAUUGGGACAAAAUUAGUGAGUACACAUCUAUUGAACGUAUUAAGUGGCGGUUUAACCCACCUACGGCCGCGUGGUGGGGCGGUUUUUGGGAACGUUUAAUCGGGGUUCUAAAGAAACUUCUGCGUAAAGUGUUGGGCCGCGCAUCCCUUAAUUAUGAGGACUUGAUGACGCUUCUAUGUGAGUGCGAGGCCAUAAUUAAUUCCAGGCCUCUCACUUAUGUGUCAAAUGAUCCAGGAGAGCUGGUGACAUUAACACCUGCCAUGUUUUUGAUGGACCAAGGAGAGACUGGAAUGCCCGACUGCGAUUCCAUUGACAGGUCAUCAAUGUGUCGAAAACUGGUACGCCAACAGAACCUCCCAGAAGACCUUCGUAGGAGGUUUCGAAAUGAAUACCUGGGUCAGCUAAAAUGUUUGGGCCCAAAGAAUUCGCGUCGCGACGUCUCAGUGGGAGAAGUUGUCUUGGUAGGAAACGACAACGACAAACGUCUGGACUGGCCAAUGGGGAAAGUAAUUGAAAUUUUUCCUGGCAAGGACGGGAAGGUUCGUUUGGUACGUCUACAGACAGCUAAGGGACAGUUGCUAAGACCUGUACAGCGUGUUUAUCCGUUGGAAUGUACGAGUCCUAUCACGGAGGCUCUGGGACUGGCAGAGAGAGCAAUCCGUAUGGAGGAAGGCGUCAGCGGCGAUCCCGGGCUCGACCGAACCGAUGAUCAAGUGACCGAAAGUGCGGGAGUGAAUGACGUCCCUUUAGACGUCAAAAGCAGAGAAUCCGAAAGUGCGGUGCGCUAUAUUACUCGAAGUGGACGACAGUGUAGAUUACCCAACAGAUUUCAAAUUUUGUGA